UUCUUCUUAAAUCCCCAGCGCUUCCAGUUCCCUUUCACUUCAUUCCGGAGAAGAAGACGAAGACGGGAGCAUCGGAGAAGAAGAGGGGCCAUCCGACCUCCCUUUAUCGUAGACAAUGCCGGAGUUGAGAGAGCCGAUGAUGGGCGGGGGAUACUGGAUCCGUCGAGUGGAUUACUCUCCCCCGGAAAUGGCUGCUCAGGGGAAGGUCAGACGCUUUUUUCCGACGAAUAACAAGGAGAACAUCCCGUAUGGGUGGCGCAGAUCACCGGCGGGGAGGCAUCGGAGACCGGGGAAGAGCCCACUCCCAGAAUGGUACCCACGGACACCACUUCGGGACAUAACAUCAAUAGUGAAGGCUUAUGAGAAGAAGCGCUUGCGCAUCCAAGCAGUUACAGCUGCUGCCUCUUCUUCAGUCGCACCUGACCUUCAAAUCACCAACCCACCGUCACAGGAAUCAUCAUCAACAGCUUCUCAACCCUCCAUGAAUUUGCCAAUGAAAUCUCGCCCUCGCAUCACCACCGAACCACCUCUGCAAGUUGAUGAGUCGCCUCAGACUCCAGCCCCUCUGACUCCAGCCCUUCUGACCGGUCACGUCGACGAAGGACAAACUUCAGAAACUGGAAGCACUCUUUUGAAUUCCAUUGAGCAGAUUGAGAAGGCUGUGAAGAAAAACUUGGUCAAAAUGAAGAAGCCCGAGAGCAAGCGGGUUACACAGCUGCGGAAUCUCAUGUCCAUGAGGUGAAACACUCGUUUCGCAACACUUUCACUACAGUAUUGACUGUGACCUGAGGCAUUCAGCAGUGGUGGCGCACUUGGUUCCUGGCUUCAGUCUUGCAAGUUCCUGUGUGGGCUUAGUGAUGGACCUGACGAACAACCCCAACCCCAGGUAAUCAUCUCUCAUUACUUGCUGCGUUUUUUUUUUUUUUUUUUGAGUCAAUGGUAAACUCCAUUCAUAUGUGACUAUGUGUAAAUAUUACCUAUUGAUUGGA